AUGGGAUCUUUUUUGUCUAAACCACUCUUGCUCUUCCCACAAAUCAGUCGCUCAGUCACUCUCUGUUCUCUCAGCCAUUCUCUCUCUUUUGUGAAGAUCGACGAAGACGAAGCAAGGCUUACACGUAAAUACUUGCAAGGCUCACACGAAGACGACUCAAAGCCGAAGACGAAGAAGUGCUUUAGUGGUUCAUCUGCUGGCUCUCAGUUGGUUCCUCAGCUGCUCUUGAUGGUUUGUCAGCUGCUUCAUCAUGAUCCAUUUUGUUGUUGGGAUGCACUGUUCACGUCCAAUGUUCAUGUGCACUCUGGUUUACUACUUUAUGGGAUUUCAUUGAUGAUGGCUACUAUUGUUAUUAGGAUUCUGAAGCUGGGAAUUCUUGGUUCCGUUCAGUUGAAUUUUGCUUUUUUCAUUUGGGCUUAUGUCCCUUUGCGUCUCCAACAGGUUCAUUGCUUUUGGGGUGCUAUUAAGGUGGAUGUAGGUCUUGUUGCUGUUGAGAUACUGGGCAAUGUUGACUUUGGAUAA